CGGACGAGCCAAACUAAAACCAAAGAAGGAAACCACAAAACCCCUCCCUUUCGGCUCGUCUUCCAUCUCUCCGCCGCCGGCCGCCGCGCGAGCGCGACCAUGGCGCGCAUCGUGUCGCGGGCCCUCCCGUUCGCCUCGCGCUCGCACCUCCAUCUCUCCCCGCCCCUCCGCGGCGCGGCGCUGCUCAGCUCCACGUCGCUCCUCCCCCAUCUCCCUGCGGCGGCGUCCACGGCCUCUCUGCUCUCCUGGCGGGGGUUCACGCCCACCCCCGAGACCUCCCGCUUCGCGCAGCCUUUCGCGGGAUUCCUCUCUGGCAUACGCGGCUUCCGAAGGGCGCGACGCGGGCAGGCGGCGGCGAAGCGAGAGCCGCCGCAGGACCCUGCACCCCCGCCCCCGCCCAAGGAGAGCGAGAUAGAGCUCUGCGCCCGCAUCAGCGUCGAGGAUGAUUUGCCCGACGACGUCGAAGUGCUGAACGUCAUAGAAAUCAUGAAAUUAAAUGUUCCUAUGGCGAUGAAAAUUGCACUAGAUGGACUUCUGGAGUAUAACUACAAAACACGAGACACUUCAAUAAGUGACGUUGGAAAGUAUGAAAAGGUUGAGGUUUCUGUGUUGCUAUGCAACGAUAACUUCAUCCAGAAUCUUAACAAAGAAUGGAGAGGCGAGGACUGCGCUACUGAUAUGCUCUCAGUGUCACAGUUCAUUCCCGAUCUGGAUGUUCCUACUCUUAUGUUGGGUGAUAUAGUAAUAUCGGUGGAAACAGCUGCAAGGCAAGCUGAGGCGAGAGGUCAUACCCUUCUUGAUGAACUGCGGACACUAGUGGUUCGUGGCCUGUUACGUCUUCUGGGUUUUGACCGUCAUAGUGAUGAGGCUGCAAUGGAAAUGGAGAAGGAGGAGCUGCUCAUUUUAAAAAGUCUAAGGUGGAAAGGGAGAGGUCUUGCUAAGAACGCUCCUGAUUUGAGCAAGCCUCACACAGAAACAUUGGAUGGACAAGUAACAAACAGUCUAAAGAGAGCUGGCAGCCUGAGAUUUUAUAGACCAAAAUUCAAAUAUAUCUUCUGUGAUAUGGAUGGUACAUUGCUCAACAGUAAAAGUCAAGUAACAGCAAGGAAUGCAGAAGCUCUAAAGGAAGCUAGGUCAAGAGGAGUAAACAUAGUUAUUGCCACAGGAAAGACGCGCCCAGCUGCCAUUGAUGCUCUUAAUAUGGUUGAUUUAUCUGGAAGAAAUGGCAUUGUUUCAGAAUCUUCGCCUGGUAUAUUUCUUCAGGGGCUGUUGGUUUAUGGUUUGGAAGGGAGAGAAAUUUAUAGAAAUACAUUGAACCAAGAAGUAUGCCGAGAGGCAUUCUUAUAUUCUUUGGAGCACAAGGUACCAUUAGUAGCAUUUAGCCAGGAUCGGUGUUUUUCUAUGUUUAAGGACCCAUUGGUUGAUUCUCUCCAUGAAGUAUACCAUGAACCUAAGGCUGAAAUAGUGUCAUCUAUUGACCAGCUUUUAGGAACAGCUGAGAUACAGAAACUAGUGUUCAUUGGAACUUCUGAGGGAGUUUCUUCUACAUUGAGGCCAUACUGGACAAAGGCGAUAAAAGAAAGGGCUGGCGUUCUCCAGGCACAGCCUGAUAUGCUUGAGCUUGUACCACCUGCAACUUCGAAGGGCACCGGGGUGAAGAUUUUGCUGGACCAUCUUUGUAUCAGCCCGGAUGAGGUAAUGGCAAUUGGAGAUGGAGAAAAUGACAUAGAAAUGCUAGAGGUAGCAUCACUGGGUGUCGCUUUGGCAAACGGCGCUGAGAAGACCAAAGCAGUUGCAAACGUGAUCGGCGCCACCAACGACGAAGAUGGAGUUGCACAGGCCAUCUAUGACUACGCUUUCUAACAGCCGCUGACACUACUAAGGCGCACUGGGACAGGAUUGUCUUCCCACAGUGUUGUUGCCAAAUAACAAGUUUUGUUCAAACAUCUAUCACCAAGAUAAUUCAGGGUUGUGGUCACAGCACCCGCCAAGAGUUUUAACACUUGAAGCAUCAGGCAGAGCUAUUUUUUGGUUGGCAAUCAGUGAAGCACGCCAUUCUUUUUUCCACUGGGAAAUAUUUGUAGUUGUACUCCAUAUGAUCCGUAUUACUUGUUGCUCACUUAGUACAACUUUAGUACUGGAUCGGAGGGAGUAAAACAUUCUUCCAUCUCUGAUAACCCAAAGGACCGCUCUCUGUUUUGGCCAUGCUACUUUGUACUCCUUGUUAUGUUGAGAAAUAACCAGGAUGAUCAAAGACCA